ACCAAAAAGCCGGCAAAAAAACCAAUUGACUCUCCUCACAAGUCACAACCUUUCUUCAAACUUGAUAACUUGAUCACUCACUGGCUCGACAACCAUGUCGAACUUGAAAACCCAGUUUAUGAUUUUGCUCCUUGUCUUUGUACCAAUAGCUGUAUCAGUAAAACCACAACAACCAGUUGAGGCUUUGCUCCGUCGUCUCGACUCCAAACGUUCCUCUGCUUCUGUUCAACAAGCUGCAGCUAAAGCUCUUCUCUUUAGAUUGCUGCCUACCCAUGUCGACAGUUUCGAGUUCAAGAUUGUUGGCAAGGAUGUUUGUGGUGGACAUAGUUGCUUUGUGAUCAACAAUCACAGCCCCUCAAGGCGAUAUGGCCCCGAGAUUGAGAUUAAAGGCACCACAGCUGUUGAAAUUGCUUCUGGCCUCCACUGGUAUUUGAAAUAUUUUUGUGGUGCUCAUGUUUCUUGGGACAAGACUGGUGGUGUUCAAUUAGCUUCCAUUCCAAAUACAGGAUCACUACCUCGUGUGAAAGACGAGGGGUUGAAAGUUCAAAGGCCGGUCCCAUGGAACUAUUACCAAAAUGUCGUUACAUCCAGUUAUUCGUUUGUUUGGUGGGAUUGGGAAAGAUGGCAGAAAGAAAUAGACUGGAUGGCUCUUCAGGGGAUCAACCUGCCUUUAGCAUUCACAGGGCAAGAGUCAAUUUGGCAGAAAGUUUUCUUGGAUUUCAAUAUCAGUAAGGGAGACUUGAAUGAUUUCUUUGGUGGACCCGCCUUCCUUGCAUGGGCUCGCAUGGGGAAUUUACAUGCGUGGGGUGGACCAUUAUCACAAAAUUGGCUGGAUCAACAAUUGAUUUUGCAGAAACAGAUAUUAUCUCGGAUGUUAGAGCUAGGCAUGACUCCAGUGCUGCCGUCAUUCUCUGGAAAUGUCCCAGCGACACUGAAGAAAAUUUAUCCUUCAGCGAAUAUAACAAGGCUUGGAGACUGGAACACUGUCAAUGGUGAUCACCGUUGGUGCUGUACUUACCUUCUUGAUCCUUCUGAUCCUCUAUUUGUUGAAAUUGGGACUGCUUUCAUUAGGCGACAAGUUGAAGAAUACGGGGAUGUGACGGACAUCUAUAACUGUGAUACAUUCAAUGAAAAUUCUCCACCUACAAAUGAUCCGGCAUAUAUUUCAUCAUUGGGAGCUGCUGUAUACAAAGCAAUGUCGAAAGGUGAUACAGAUGCCGUGUGGUUAAUGCAAGGUUGGCUCUUCUAUUCAGACUCUGCCUUUUGGAAACCACCUCAAAUGAAGGCUCUUCUGCAUUCUAUUCCGUUCGGAAAAAUGAUUGUACUUGAUCUAUUUGCGGAUGUGAAACCAAUAUGGAACACGUCAUCUCAAUUUUACGACACUCCUUAUAUUUGGUGUCUCCUGCACAAUUUUGGUGGGAACCUUGAAAUGUAUGGGAUUUUGGAUGCAAUUUCUUCAGGUCCAGUUGAUGCCCGAACUAGUGCAAAUUCUACUAUGGUUGGGGUUGGCAUGUGCAUGGAGGGAAUUGAGCACAAUCCAGUUAUCUAUGAAUUGACUUCUGAAAUGGCAUUUCGCAGUGAAAAGGUUCCAGUUAAGGAUUGGCUGAGGACGUACUCCCGUAGACGUUAUGGUAAUGCAGUUCGUCAAGUUGAGGAGGCUUGGGAAAUUCUACAUCGCACAAUUUAUAACUGCACAGAUGGAAUUGCUGAUCAUAACACAGAUUUUAUAGUCAAAUUUCCUGACUGGGAUCCAUCACUAGAGAGUGUCAGCUCCCAAUUUCCUAAGGCGCAUUUGUGGUAUUCAACUCAGGAUGUGAUCAAUGCUUUACAACUAUUCCUUGAUGCUGGAAAUGAUCUUUCAGGAAGCCUUACAUACAGAUAUGAUUUGGUUGAUUUAACACGCCAAGUGCUGUCAAAGCUGGCAAACCAAGUAUAUGUGGACGCAGUGACAGCUUUCCAGAAGAAGGAUGUAAAAGCUUAUGAUGUCAAUAGUAAAAAGUUUGUUCAACUCAUAAAGGAUAUUGAGGGACUUCUUGCUUCUGAUGAUAAUUUUUUACUUGGAACUUGGCUUGAAAGUGCAAAAAAGCUUGCAACUAGUCCAAUGGAAAAGAGACAGUACGAGUGGAAUGCAAGAACGCAGGUGACAAUGUGGUAUGAUACCACAAAAACCAACCAGAGCCAGCUUCAUGAUUAUGCAAAUAAGUUCUGGAGCGGCCUAUUGGAAAGUUACUAUCUACCACGAGCUUCAAGCUACUUCCAUUAUUUGUCAAAAAGCUUAAGAGAAAAUAAAGACUUUGAAGUGGAAAAGUGGAGAACAGAAUGGAUAUCCUUUUCAAACAAUUGGCAAGCAGGUACAGAGCUUUACCCAGUGAAGGCGAAAGGAAAUGCUCUUGCUAUUUCUAGAGCAUUGUAUAAAAAAUAUCUCAUGUGAGAAAAAAGCUGGU